AUGUCUGAACUUUUAGGAACCCUGGAAAGUGAGUAUAACAAGUUGUUAGAGGGGGCGUCUCCUAGCAAAACACAUCUGAAGAAAGUCUUGGAAGACACCCACGAGUUUAGGCUGAAUGUCAAACGGCUUAAGGGCUACUUGACCAAACAGGUGCAGGAAGAGCGGGAAAAGGAUACGCCGACACCAGCGACAAAGCUCGCUAAGAAGCAACAAGUGGCCGUUGAUAAGCUGAACAGACUGCAUAAGAACUGGGACAGCGGGAUCAAAAAAAGCACCAAGCUUGCGACGCAACAAUACUCCAAAUUUCAAAAAAAUGCUUUGAACAAGGUAUACGAUUUCGAACUUGAUCAAGUAUAUACAAACAAGUUUGAUCCGGGUGCUCGGGAGCACAUUGAGCGCGCCAUAGGUCUCCACAUUUCCCGAUACAAUGUCAGCCAAAUUCCAGAGCAGGACUCUGAAGGAAUGGUAAGGUAUUUGGACCAUGUUUAUGGCGUAGAUCCCCGAGUUUCCACCAAUUUCGUUCAAAUGGCCGAAAUAGUGGGACAACUACGUAAGGACAAUUUGGAUACAUGUAUGGAAUGGUGCACAAAAGGUUCGAAUCUGGAAUUUGAGCUCCAUCUGUUAAAAGCGAUGUUUCUCCUUGAGAGUGGUGAUAAACUGGCCACUUACCAAUACCUACUCAAAUCCAUACCCGAUUUCAUGCAAAAAACCCAAAAAAAGUCUGUACGACACCGCGUAGCUCCUCUGCUCGCCCAACUGGUAGUUUCGACUGGGGGGGAUCUAAAGUUGGAAGAACAACGCAACAACUGCGUGGAUUUACUAACCCGGGAGUAUUGUGAUCGAAAUAAUUUACCUUUUAACUCCUCGUUAUUCUUGGUGGUUAUGAGUGGUAUCAUUUCUUUUCAGUUUUUCAUCAAAUAUAAAACCUUACAGGCAGUGCGCCAUGUCGACUGGAGCACCGAAAACGAGCUACCAUUUCAUGUCAAACUUCCAGAUUUUCUUACAAACUUCCACCCCAUUUUCAUAUGUCCCGUUCUCAAAGAAGAAACCACAGAAGAAAACCCACCAUAUGCUCUACCUUGUCACCAUGUUAUAUCCAAGUUCAGUCUGGAUAAACUCAGUAAGAACGGGACCUGCAACUUCAAAUGCCCCUAUUGUCCCGUUACAGGCGCUCGUGGUAAGACUAGUAAAGUCAAUUUUGUUAUGUUAUAG